AUGGUAAUGGCUAGCCAGCUCUCCCAGGCACUGAACGGUCUGUCGGACAGAGCCAAGGAAGCCAAGGAGUUUCUGGUGCAGCUCCGCAACAUGGUCCAGCAGAUCCAGGAGAACAGCGUGGAGUUUGAGGCCUGCCUGGUGGCCCAGUGUGACGCCCUCAUCGAUGCCCUCAACAGACGGAAAGCCCAGCUGCUCGCACGCGUCAACAAGGAGCAUGAGCACAAGCUGAAGGUGGUUCGAGAUCAGAUCUCUCACUGCACUGUGAAAUUGCGCCAGACCACGGGUCUCAUGGAGUAUUGCCUGGAGGUGAUUAAGGAAAAUGAUCCUAGUGGCUUUUUGCAGAUUUCUGACGCCCUCAUAAGGAGAGUGCACCUGACUGAGGAUCAGUGGGGGAAAGGCACGCUCACUCCCAGGAUGACCACGGACUUCGACUUGAGUCUGGACAACAGCCCUCUGCUGCAGUCCAUUCACCAGCUCGACUUCGUGCAGAUGAAAGCUUCCCCUCCAGUCCCAGCAACCCCCAUCCUACAGCUGGAGGAGUGUUGCACCCACAACAGCAGCGCCACGCUGUCCUGGAAACAGCCACCUCUGUCCACGGUGCCCGCCGAAGGAUACAUUCUGGAGCUGGAUGACGGCAGUGGGGGUCAGUUCCGGGAGGUAUAUGUUGGGAAGGAGACCAUGUGCACCGUGGACGGUCUGCACUUCAACAGCACAUACAACGCUCGUAUCAAGGCCUUCAACAAAACGGGCGUCAGCCAGUACAGCAAGACCCUGGUCCUGCAAACGUCCGAGGCGGCCUGGUUUGCUUUCGACCCUGGCUCAGCACACUCUGACAUCAUCUUCUCCAAUGACAACUUGACUGUGACCUGCAGCAGCUACGAUGACCGCGUGGUACUGGGGAAGACCGGCUUCUCCAAGGGUGUCCACUACUGGGAGCUAACUGUGGAUCGCUACGACAACCACCCCGAUCCUGCCUUCGGAGUGGCUCGCAUCGAUGUGAUGAAGGAUGUGAUGUUAGGGAAGGACGACAAAGCGUGGGCAAUGUAUGUGGACAAUAACCGAAGCUGGUUCAUGCACCACAACUCGCACACCAACAGAACUGAGGGAGGGAUCACAAAGGAGGCCACAGUUGGGGUGCUCCUCGACUUAAAUAGAAAAACCUUGACGUUUUUUAUCAACGACGAGCAGCAAGGGCCCAUCGCGUUUGAAAACAUGGAGGGCCUGUUGUUCCCAGCAGUCAGCCUGAACCGGAAUGUGCAGGUCACACUGCACACCGGGCUCCCGGUCCCCGACUUCUACUCCAGCAGAGCAUCAAUAGCCUAAGGAUGAGCUGUGGAGGCACCAGCUGCCUGUUCUUACCCCCGCCUGAGAGCGCGACAGCGAGGAGCUCGGGUCAGAGAGCUGGGAGGAGAGGAGAAGGAGGAGAGAGCUGGUCCUCUAGUCUUCACACUCACAGCUCCGCGCCUUUCCCUUCCAACCUCUCUGCAGCUGUAACGCCUGCGUUCACUUCCGUGGUUGGCAGUUGUGACCAACAAAGGACCUGGACAGCCCACCACAUCACUCCGUUUCCACUCCCAGAUUUUGCUUUUAUUUAACUUUUUUAUGUAGGUGAGUUAUGUUUUGGGUUUUUUUCUGAUCAUGUUAUUGGUGACUUACUGAACUGGCACUGUCAAGAGGAAAUUCUCCUGAUCACUUUCUUAAGCUUUCUGACAAAGAGCUUGUAGGGAGAGGUAGGGAAGCAUGAGCUGAAUUUGGAGCUUGCGGUUUACCUCCGAGAAUGUUCCUGCAUUCUUCUCUCUGGGGCAGUGCUGGCUCAGCAUAGCUCCUCUUUGGGAGAAGGGCAGAAAGAAUGUAGCACUGAGUUUUACUAUCCAUUGAAGCAUGAAAAUAUCAGCUACACAUUACACAAAGGUUUGCAGCGGGGUAGGAUCACUGGGAUACCUGGGUCCUUAGGACAGGCCAGAAACCCUGGUCACAGAAUGAAAUUGGAAAGUCUCUAGGUAUAGGCAGACCAGGGAGCUUAAUGAUUUGGUUCAUUUAUUUAAUACAAGUUUUUAAUGGAGAACCUGCUGUGGACCAGGCACUGUUCUAGCCACUGGAGAGACGGUGGUAAAUACACAGGUGUGGUCUCUGCCCUCCUGGAGCUUAUGGAAACAAACCAAAAA